AUGGUGCCAAAAAGCUACCAGCACAUACUGGCCUUGAUAUUUGCUGUGAAGGAGAUCAAUGAAAACCCCAGAAUCUUACCUAAUGUCACUUUGGGAUUCCACAUCUCUGACAAAAACUACAGUUCACAGAAGACUUUUCGUGGCACCGUGGGUCUACUUUCCACAAAGCACAAGUUUGUUCCAAACUACAAGUGUGAUGCCCAGAACAAUCUGAUCGCUGUUAUUGGGGGUCUUGUUUCUAGAACCACCCUCAACAUGGCCACCAUCUUAAAUUCAUACAAGAUUCCACAGCUGCUGCCCAUUUCGGUGUGCAAUGAAAACUGUCAUCCUGGUUACAGCAGGUUAAAGAAAGAAGGGGAGCCAUUCUGCUGCUAUGACUGUAUUCCAUGUCCACAAGGGAAGAUUACUCACCAGAGAGAUAUGGAUGCCUGCAUCAUCUGUCCAGAAGGCUGUUAUGCAAAUUCAGAACAAGAUCAAUGCAUUCCGAAGGUUAUAAGCUAUCUUUCAUAUGAAGAACCUUUGGGGAUCAGCUUAGCUUUGUCAAGUAGUUGUUUUGCUUUGAUCACGGCUUUGGUGCUUGCAACUUUCAUUAAGCACCAGGACACCCCUAUUGUCAAAGCCAACAACCGGAGCCUCACCUAUACACUCCUUACUUCUCUGCUUCUCUGCUUCUUCUGCUCCUUACUCUUCAUUGGUCAGCCUGGAAAGGUGACCUGCCUUCUCAGACAGACAACUUUUGGCAUCAUCUUCUCAGUAGCCCUUUCUACUCUUUUGGCCAAAACCAUCACUGUGGUGCUAGCAUUUAUGGCCACCCAUCCAGGAUCCAAAAUGAAGAAGUGGUUGGGGAAAAGACUGGCAAUUUCUACUGUCCUUUCCUGCACUUUCCCUCAAGCUGCCAUUUGUAUGGUUUGGCUAAGUACUUCACCUCCAUUCCCAGAUGUGGAUAUGAAAUCAUUGAAUGGGAGAAUCAUAAUGGAAUGCAAUGAAGGAUCAGUCUUUAUGUUCUGUUGUGUUCUGACUUAUAUGGGUUUUCUAGCCAUUGUCAGCUUGAUUGUGGCUUUCCAAGCCAGGAAGUUGCCAGAUAGUUUCAACGAAGCCAAGUUUAUCACUUUCAGCAUGCUGGUGUUUUGUAGUGUUUGGCUGUCAUUUAUUCCAACCUACCUGAGCACCAAGGGCAAAUACAUGGUUGCUGUCGAGAUCUUUUCCAUCUUAUCCUCCUGGGCUGGGCUUCUGGGUUGCAUCUUUUUCCCUAAAUGCUACAUAAUUUUGAUGAGGCCCAAACUGAACAAGAAGAGGGGGCUAAUGAGGAAAACUCAAUAG